AUGCCAUGGACGACCUCGCUCCUCAAAGGAUUUGUCAUGUUCUUGGCGGUUAACCCGUUUUUUGCCAUCUUCUUCACCUACGACGUAAUCGGUGCUCUGGGCAGCGAGCUCGAGGAGGAGAUGGGCCUGCAGGCCGAGGAGAUCGGGUGGCUCUACUCUGCCUACUCCAUCUUCACGCCUGUGAUGGUGUUCCUCAGCGGCCUGCUCAUCGACAAGAUCGGCGCCAAGAAGACUGCGAUGCUGAUGUCGUCUAUCAUGGUGGGCGGCACGGCGGUGCUCACCUACGGUGGCUACCGACGCGAGUUCUUGACCAUGGCCGGCGGCCGUCUGGCGGCCGGGUUUGGCGAAUCGCUCCUCGUUGCCAUGCAGGCCAUUAUCCGACAAAGGAACGCGCUAACGAACACUAUGCAGUGCCAAAAUUUCGUCGAGGCGUGGUGGCUCAACAUGGCGUUCGCCAUGAGCAACGUGUGGGGCCAGCUGGGGAAUGCCAGCGUAUUCUUUCUGCUGCCGUUCAUCUCCAAAGGCGGCCUGACCCUUGCCGUCAGCGUCAGUUCGAGCGUCGAGGGCUCAAAAAUGCGGCUGAGCGACAUCAAGGAGUUCCCGGCCAGCUUCUGGUGCCUCUCGCUGAUCAACUGCCUGUCGACGUGCUCCAUCUUCGUGUCGAUGUCCUUUGGACCAUUGUUCCUGAUCGAGACCGCGGGCUACUCGGCGAGCAUGGCCGGCACCAUCAUCGCGCUCAUGAACGUCACCGUGCUGUUGGCGCCCAUCGCCGGCUGGAUUCUCGACGCCAUCGGACAGCGGGUGUGGAUCUGGAUCGGCUGCUGUGCCCUGAUGGCCGCCUCAUUUGCCGUUCUGGCGCUCGACAAGAUGGACCCCGUCUUCUGGCUCAUGCUCAUCGGGGUGUCCUUUGCCGUCCUGAAUUCGUCGGUGAACGCCGCCAUCUCGCUUGUCGUGUCGCCUCGGGUGUUUGGCACGGCCUAUGGGAUCUGCGGGGUCAUGUUCAACCUCUCGCUCCUCAUUUUCCCGUCCCUCAUCGGCGCCAUUCGCAACGCCCUUGGAUCGUUCACUGUGCCGAUGUUGGUGUUCGCGGGGAUUAACCUGCUGGGGGUGCUGGUGGCCGUGGCGCUCUUCUUCUUCAACCGCGCGUGUAAUGACAACAUCCUCAACCUCACGGCGCACCAGAUCGACCAACUCACGUCCGUUCGCCGUGUCGCUGAUGACGCCGACGCCGACGACGUCUACAAACCCACUCCCGGGAGUAGUGACACUGCCACUCUCUGGCCCACAGAGACCACACCCCUCACUCGCUGA